AUGCCAUAUAUUUUGAAAAUAUAUGCAUGGGUAUAUAUAAGUUAUGAGAAAAAAGUUAAAAUAACAUCAAAUGAAUUUAAACAUAAUCAAAACAAUUUAUUAUUUGAUUCAAGUUUAGAAGAAGGUAAAGAAAUUAAAAAUAAUAUUAUUAAAGAAUAUAAUAGCACAAAAAAAAAAAAAUUAAAAACUUUUAAUUUUCCUAGUGAAAAUAUUUAUAAUAAAAAAAUUUAUAACUUAAGAAUUGUAGAUGCAAAAGCAUCAUAUUUACCUAAAAAGGUAUCAUCUGUAAACUUAGAUUCUAAUGAAAAUACAAAUCCAUCAUAUUUUGUACAUAUAAAAAACAGAAGUCCAAAUUCAUCUAAAACAUAUAAUACUAAAGAAGAAAAAAAAAAGGAUAAAGUAAAUGGAAUCACAAAUUCUUUUAUUCAAACUGUAAACACACCAUCAAUUGACAUAAAUGCUUUGAAUGAAUACAACACUCUCAUUAGAACAAUUGAAGAAAAAAUUACUAUAGCUAAAGAUUUAUAUGUAACUGCAAACUCUUACAAUGAUUUAAUUUUCCAUCUUAGUUAUAGUAAUAAAUUAAAUUUUGUGAAAUAUUCGUCACCUAAGAUUGCAGAUUUUGUUAAUUGUGAAAAUAAUGCUAUAAAUUUUUAUGAAAAAACUAAACAGGAUAUAAGAAAAAGAUUUUAUAAUUUAAUAUCACUUCUAGGGGAUGAUGUAAAAAAGAGUUUAUAUGAAAGUGAGCUUCAUUCGUUUAGAGAGAAAGUAAAAGGGGAUCUAGAAACUACAAAGAAAUACCAUGAUAGAUGUAUAAAUAAAGACAGUACUGCUUUUAAUUCUGUAAAUAAUUAUAUAAAGAAGGAAUUUUGUGGUCUCUUUGGAUGCAAUGGUGUAGAGUGUGAUUUAUAUGGAUGUAUUAAUACAAUAAAUAAUAGAUAUAAAAAAAUCAUUGAAGCUUAUUUAAAUAAAUUAAAAGUAAAUAAAAAGGCGGAUAGCGACUUUUUACAAGAAAUUGACGAUUUCCUGAAUUCUGAUAAUAAAUUACUAAGAAUUAAGAACGGAAAUAUGUGUGAAAAAGAAGUUAAAAAUUCUUUAAAGUUAUUAAUAGAAGAAGUUAGUGAUAUUAAAGAUGUUUAUAAGAAGAAUGCAGAUAUUACAUAUGAUUAUCUUGAUAAGUUAAAAGUUUGUAACAGUCAUGCACUUAAAAAAAGUUUUCCCUCAUCCUCUAUAGCGAAAGAACUUGACUAUGUUUCAAUUCUAGGUAAUGGAAUACACCAUUAUAAAAUUUGGAAUGAUAGAUUAAGAAGAAAUUUUAAUGAAUAUAAAGGUGAAGUUAAUAAUCUAUUCAAAAAAGAAUUAGAAGAACUAGGGGAAAAAAUAAAAUCAUUAGUUUAUCCCGAAAGUGUAAAAUUAGAAAGUGAAAAAAUUGUUUCAGAUUCCCGGGAAUUAUUUAGUAAUAUUAAGAGUAUAAUUGAUGGAGAUAUAGGAAACUUAGAAUAUUUAUCACAUGGAUAUAGCAGCUCAGAAAUUAGUAGUAUCCAAAGUGAACUUAAUGCAUUAUAUGCUGAAGUAUCUAUGCAUAAUACUAGCAUAGAAGAAAAGAUGAAUUUAUCGAACACUAAGCAUAGUUCUAUUAUGUCAAGGUCGUCUGAUAUAGAAUCAAUGAAAAGAGAAUUACCACUAGAUAAAGAAAAUAACCUGAUUGAUAUUACAGAAGAGGUUUUAAGUAUAAAAAAAAAUAUUGAAAAUAUCAUAGAAUCAUCAAGUGAUGAACUUGAUAUAUUAAGAGAAAAUUAUAAUCAAUUACAAAAAUUAGAAAAUACAAUUAGCGGUUUAAAUGAACAAAUUAAUAAAAAAAAAAGUGAUCUACAAAAAUUAAAAAAACAAGAAGACGAAAAUAAAAAAAAUUCUAUAGAAGAAAUAAAACAAUACUUGGAACAAAUGAACAACAAAAAUAAUGAUUUGCAGUCAAUUAUACAUUUAAAAAAAAAUGAAAAUGAAGAUCUUAAAAUUAUUGAAACAUUAAUAAAUGAAACAUCCUUUAAUGAUGAAGAAUGCAUAAGGGAAAAACAAGAGAUAAAUGAAAGAAUUAAUUCAGCUUUAAGAUCUUUAUUUGAUGAUGGAAAACUGGAAAAAUUAUUUGAAGAAAUAUCACAGUUUAUAGAUGAAAAAAAAUCAUUAAACUAUGAGGAUUACAGUCUAAAUAGAAUUAAUGAGCUUCUGGAUGAGGCAACAGAAAAAUGCACUAAAAUAAUUAAAAGUGUAGAUAGUGCUUCAUUAACUGUAGAAAAUGAUGUAAAACCUACAAAUAACAAAAUCACAGAACUUAAAAAUCGCAUCUUAACUCGAUUAAUUGAAGAUUUGCACAAAAAAAUUGAAAUAUCUUCAAAUAAUUUUAAUAGAAUAUGGAAUUUAGCAUCUACAAAUAUAUAUAAUUAUGAAAAGAACAAGGACAUAUUUAAAAGUUAUGAAGAUAAUAUAAUGACAAGAAAAGAUGAAUUUCUGAAAAAUUUUUUUGAUAAAGAUAAUGAUGUACAACAAGGAACAAAUACCUUUCAAAAAACAUUAGACCUUGAAAAAACUAUUUGUGGUAAUAAGAAGGAAAUUAAAAAACAAAUUAGUGAUGAAGAAAAUGCUGUGAGUGCUAUAAGAGAGCAGUUAGAACAAUACAACAAAAUAAAAUUAUACUUUACUAUGUAUCCAGAUACUAGCAUUGUUAAUAAUAUUGAAGCUUUGAAAGAACGUAUUGACCAGGAAAAUAUGCACAGUAAAUUAAGAGAGCAUCAGACGAGGUUUGAUGAUGCAACUAGCUCAAUUGAUAGUAGUAUUAACCUAAUCAAUUUUUCAAAUACAGUCAUUGAAUCCUCUAAAAUUUUAAAUAAUAUUAUAAAUGAGUCUAAUAAGAAUAACUUAUUAGUUGAUGAUUUGAAAAGAAGUGCGAACGCUUUAAGAGAUAAACUAUCUAGAGAGAUUGCUAUAAUUAAUGAAGAAAACUUGAUAGAAGAAAAUAUAAAAACUAAAUUUUUAAAUAAAUUAGAAGAAAUGAAAAGAGAUAUAGAGGAUAAAAUAUAUCAAAUUAAUGAUUUUGAGGGAAAAUCAAAAGGAAUUCUGCAACAAUCUAAAACGAUAAAAGAAAAUGUUCGUAAUGCUCUUACUGAAGAAUAUAUAAAAACACUUACAGGAAAUAUAUCAAGCCAAAAAGAUCAUUUGACAGAUAUUACAGGAAAAAUAAGUGUCAUAAAAUUAGAAGUUGCAUCAUUAAAUGUAGAAACCAACAAUACAAUUAAUAUCCAAAUUAAUGAAAUUUCAAAUAUAAUUCAUAAUCUUAUAAUGAAACUAGAUCAACAAAUUAAUGAUGAAAUACAAAAAAAUUUAGAUAUUUUAGAAAAAUCCAAGAAAAAUGCUGAAAAUUAUAAUUCCGAAAAUGAUAUAGAAAAAGUUAUGAAUAAAAAUAAUAAGGAAAUACUAAAAACAACAUCACAACUUAUUAGAAAUCUUAUAGAUAUAAUUGAGACACAUAAAAAUAAAUUAAUUAGCAUUGGAAACGAAUCUAAGGAACAAGUAGAAGCAUCGAAUUACCAAAAACAAAAUAAUGAUAAUUUAGAAGAAAAAAAAAGUAAUACAAAACAAAUUUAUGAAAAAAUGAAAAAUAUAAUGGAAAAAUUAAAUACAGCAAAAGAUGAAUUAAAGCCUUCAUUAACAGAUAUAAAUAUAAAAAUUUUAGAAUAUAAAAAGAUAAUGAUACAUGAUGCUAUAUACCAAAUUAGUGAUGAGAAAAAGAAGGCUGAAGAAGAAAUACAAACUAUUAGUUUAUAUAAAAAAAAAAUUGAGCAAUUAAAAGAGAAUACAGCGAAUAUCACAGAAAAUGAAUUGGAAAAUUUUAAUUAUGAAGAAUAUGUUGAAAAUUCUCAGGAUAGCCAAAAGAAAAUAAUAGCAUUAGAACAAGAAGCUAUAGCAAUAUAUGAACAAAUCUCCAAUAUCGAAAUAGAAGAUAAUAUUGAUAAUAUUAAAAUAAAUAUCGAAUAUAAAUUGAAAGAUAUAAAAAAAAAAAAAAGUGACAUCGAUCAUGCAUUAAAAGAAAUUAAAAAUAUGGAAAAAAUGUUAAUGUCUACAAGAUUUAGUAGUAUUAUGGAAGACAUAAAAAAAAAUGCACAACAAGCCAAAGCAGAAAAAGAAAAUACAAAAGAGAAAUUUAUAGAAACAGAAAAUAUAAAUAAAGCUACAUUAAGUGAUAUUAAAAAGGCAGAAGAAUUAAGAGACUUACUUAUAAAUAACUUAGAUGAAAAAUCUAUUGAUAGAGAUAUAGAGGAAAUUAAGAUUAUUAAAAAUCGUGUUACAACUAAUAAAGAAAAUAUGAACAAGCUUUUAACAAAAGCUGAAGAACAUAAAGAAGCUUCAAAAAUGUUUCACAACAAUAUAAGAAGGGGAAAAAAUAAAAUAGAAUACUUAAAGAAUCACGAUCAAUAUGAAGAAAAAAAAAUAACAGAAGAUGUAAUAGAAGAAAUAGAUAAAUAUGUGAAUGAAUCUGAAGGAUGCUUAAAUGAUGCAGAAAAACAUUUGCUAGGAACCAGCAAAAAUUGUGAAUUAUCUUCACAAUACGAACAAAAUAUGGAUAACCUCUUAUAUAAAUCUUUAAUUCUAGCGGAAAAAAUAAAGAUUGAAAUGAAAAAAAAUGAUGCAACAAAUAUAUUUUUAGGAAUGAGAGAUGAUUAUGAUAAUAUUCAAAAAUUAUUAGAAAAAUUAAAAAAAAAGUUAAAUAUACUAAAAGAAGAUGUCAAUAUAGUAGAAGAGUAUGAAGUAAAUGAAAAGUCUACUGAUGCAUAUUCCCGAAUUCAAAUUAUAAGAACUAAUUCAGAUAACGUUCUACUGGAUAUAGAUGAAAUAAAACAAAGAACACUAGAAAUUUUAAAUAAAUCUGAAAAUGAAGUAGACUCAAUUUCAACGUAUCUUGAAGGAAAUGAAUAUUCACUAAACAAUUUAGAGAUAGAACAAAAUCAUUUAAAAAAUGUUUCAGAAAUUUUGAAAAAAAUCGAAAAUAAAAAAAACAUAUUAAACAAUGAAUCAAGUAAACUAAUAGACCUAGAAACUAAGAUUAGUAGCAUGGAAGAUGAAAUGGAAAUAUCUAAAAAAUCUUAUGAAGAAGGAAUUUUGGAAAGGAUAAAAAAAAUAGCAGAUCAAAAUAAAGAAGAUAUGGAAUCUUUAAAAAAGUUAAUAAAUUUAAAUAUUGAUGCCUCAAUCAUCUUCUUUAUGGAAUCUCCAUCAAAAAAAAAUGAUAUUACACAAAUAUUUGAAAAUGAAAGAAUUAAAAUGAAUACAAUAAGUGAAUCAUUUGAUAAAUCAUAUAAAGCUAUAGAAAAUUUUGCUUUGUAUGCUUUAGAAUCAUCUACAACAUACAAUGGUAUGAAAGAAAAAAAGGAAAAAGCUAAAAUAGAAAAAGAUAAACUUAAAGGACAAAAGGAAAAAAUGGAAAAAUUGGUGGAUAGUGUUAACAACAUUAAAAAGAGUAAAGUUUUAAGAUUUAUAUUUGAUAUGAAAGAAGAGUUAAAUAGGGUUCACGAAAGAUCCGAAGAAGAGCACUCUCAAGUAAGAGAAUAUCUUGAAAGCAUUAAACAGAAUGUUAAGAAUAUUACAAAUUUAGAUGAUGUAACUUCUUCAUUGAAUGAGUUGAAUAACGCAAAAAUCAAAGAUGGUGAAAUAAAGAAAAGUAAAAUAAUACAUUGCUCUUAUAAAGAUAAAGCAUAUGAUAUUUACAAUGAAAUAAAUAAAGGAGCAAAAUUUAUAGAUAUAAAUAUAGAAAUAGAAAAAAAAUUGGAAAAUUAUGAAAAAAUAAGUGAUACAAAACAGAUUGUUUUAAAAAUUCAGAAAAAUUCAAACGAUAUAGAUACAAAAGCAGAAGAAAGUGAAAAUAUCAUUAUUAAAGCUAAUAGUAUUUAUGAACAAAUAAGAUUAAGAGACGAAUUAAAAAAAAGGAUUAAAUGUAUGAUAAAUAAAACUGAUGAUUAUUUGGAAAAAAUAGAAAGAACAAUUGAGAAGUGUAAAAAAAUAAAUAAAAUAAAUAUUGAUGAUGAACACUAUGAUGAAAUUUUAAAAAAAGGUGAAGAGUAUGAAAAUUUAAAAAAACUUUCAAAUUCGUAUUUAAAUGAAUUAAGCAAAAUGGAUAGAGAAUUAAAAAUUAAUAUAAUAAAAACAGAGCUUGAUGAUAAUAAGAAUUCUCUAAAUAACUUAGAAGAAACUAUUGAAAAAUCAAAAGAAGACCAGUCUCCCUUGAUAAUAUUAGAAAAAGCAAAACAAAACAUUAAUACAAUUACUGAUGAAAUAAAUGAUAGAUAUAAUAGCGUUAUAAACGUUGAUACAUCUUUAAAUGAAUUACUAGAACUAGGAAAAAGUUAUAAAUUAUUUUUAAAAUCCUUGUUGAUUACGACUAUUAAUGCUAAAAUAUCAAAAGAAAUGCUAAUUAUUCAAAAAAAAAAAAAAGAUUCUACAUCAUGUGUAGAAUAUAUCAAAAAUAGCUGCAACUUUAUAACUAACGAUAUUGAUGACUUAAACAAAAGUUAUAAUACAAAUGCCAUAAGUAGUUAUGAGUCGAUAAACGUUGAAGAUGCAUAUAAUUUUUCAGAAGAAUUUAAAAGAAAAGAAAAAGAAGCAAUGGAAUCAAUUAGUGUUAUUCAGAAUUUAUCUCUAGAAGUAGACGAUAAUAAAAAUAUAAAUGAAAUAGAUGAACUUUUAAGGGAAUUAAAACGUCUUUAUAAAAAAUUUAAAGAAGAAAAAAUAUACAUAAAUGAUAUUUAUAGAAAUAUCAGUAAUACUAAACUGAAAGAAAUGGAAAAGAUUGCUGAAAAAUUUAUUGAUAUAGCAAAAAUACAUGAAAAUAUUGUAGAGAGUCAAAAACAUAAAUUUUUAAGCAAUAAAAAUAUAUUAAAAGAAAUUGAAGAUUUUAUAAAGAAAAAGGAACAAGAAAUACUCACUGAGAGCAAAAAUUCAGAUUUUUUUCAAAAAACUAAUAAUAUAUAUGAAGAGAUUACAUAUGAAUCCAAAAAAAUAAGUGAAAUAGAACAUGUUAAUAAUAAUGAAAACAGUAAAAUGAUAAUGUAUGCAGAAAAAAUUUCUUAUUUAAUAGAAAGAACAAAAUCUUUAUUGAGAGAUAUAGAUCUUUAUCAAAAUGAAAAUGAUUAUGACUUAUCAAAAGAAGUAAACGAAAAGAUAUUAGAAGAAAUUAAUGAGAAAAAAAGAAUAAUUAAGAAAAAAACAAGUGAAUCAAAAGAAAUUUUUGAGAAUAUAAAAAAUAAUAUACAGAUAAAUAAAGAACUUUUUCAUGAAAUAAGUUAUAGUCUUCUUUUUAUUCAAGGUAUUAUAAAAAAUUUAAAUGAAAUAAAAAUAAAUUAUCAAAAAAAAUCGACUAAGAAAGAUGAGAAAAACGACACAGAAAAUCAUUUGAAUGAAAUAAUAAAGAAAGAAAGUACAAAUAUUUCAAUAAAUAAUAAUAUUAACAGGAAUAUUCUUUAUGAUAAAAGCAAUCAAAAAUCAAAUGAAAAGGAUAAUAAAAGUAAAAAAAAUAAUUUUGGUAGUGAAGCAGUCAAAAUCGCAGGAGGAAUAUUUGGUGGUUUAUUGAUAUGUUCUUGUAUUUUUAUUUUUAUUACAUAUAAUAAUGGGGAAUCGGAAAAGGAUAACGAAGAGAAUAAAAUAUUUAAAGAAUAUGAAAAUAAUAAUUUACAUGAUAUAUGUAAGGCAGAUGAAGUUAUGGAAGUAUCCUUCUUUGAAGAAGAAAAUUUUUAA